CCGCGCGGUGCGCCGGUGUUGCGAGUGCGACCUGUGUCGAGGUGGAUGAAUGGCGUAUUUAUUGUGUUUUAACGUGCGACAUCGCCUAUGUUUCGACACCCUCGCGAGCCGCGUACGCACCACGAGCUGCCCGAGCAGCCCGGGGAUCCCGUCCUCGACAAUUCCAGUUCGACGAGCCUCGGCGGAGCCGCAGGGAUCAUGUCGUUCGGGACAAUAUUUAACAGGAAGAAAAAGAAACCGCAGAUCUCCACGCCGACCAACUUCGAGCACAGAGUCCACACCGGGUUCGACAAGCGCGAGGGCAAGUUCGUCGGGCUGCCGCUGCAGUGGGCCUCCAUCGUCGGCAAUAACCAGAUUCUCAAGUCGACCAACAGACCGCUGCCCCUAGUCGACCCGAGCGAGAUCACGCCCACCGAGAUCCUCGACCUCAAGACCAUCGUGAGGGGCCACAAUGAUCCUAGGAUAAGCAGACCGCUCGCUACCGACAGGACUGUGGAGAAUGGCCUGCCUAAGACCAGCACAGUCGCUCGUUCCAAUUCUCUACGUUCCUCGAGUCCGCCACGGCUCAGGAGAGAUUACAGGCAUAACAGCAAUCUUCCGCCAUCCGUCCCCGAAGGCCAAGAGAUACCUUCGAACAUUAAUCAGGGUUUUACAAACUUUGGCAAGCCGCAUAAUUACAUCGAUAAGCUGAGACAGAAUUCCCCAAGCGUCGCCAGCGGACUCAACUCCAGCAUGCAGAACAUAAUUCCAAAUCUACAAAAUCUCAAUCCUAAUAUGCAAUCCUCGCCAAAUUUGACUCACUCAGGAUCAAAUGUACCAAACUUGUCCUUAAAUUUCCAAAACUUAAGUCCUAUUGUAAAUUCACAAGCUCCAGUACAAAGUUCUAAUACCCCGCAACUUCUCGAUACAGAAUUUCAUAGACUAAACUCACAGAUGGCCAUGACGUCAGGCCAAUAUAACGGCAAUGUACAGGGUUCAGCUGUGGAGGCAUCGAGGGACCAUCAAGCUGGUCAAAUGUUACACAAGCUACAGCCAAAAAUUUCGCCAGUGGGUUCAAUAGCCUCGCAACGACCUCUGAGUCAAUUGAGUUCACAUAAUAUUAAUAAAUAUUCUCAGGCGUACAUGCCUGAAAACUCUAAUCUCCAGUCGCAUUUGAAGAAACCGAUGGAAACUUCCCAGUCGAUGCACAAUUUGUCAAAGCCGAGCGUACCAUCCGCGGUAUCGGGCACCAGUUCUACUCCAGACCAAAAUCAGAACAUGAAAACUGCCGUGUCCUCAGGAAACUUGGCAGUUGGCGCAGGUUCGAAUAAUACCAAUAAGCAAACGGAGCAGAGACUUACGCACGAACAGUUCCGGGCUGCUUUGCAGAUGGUGGUAAGCCAAGGCGAUCCGAGAGAAAAUUUGGAGAAUUUCCUGAAGAUCGGCGAGGGUAGUACAGGAACAGUGUGCAUAGCUACAGAUAAGAGUACAAACCGCCAAGUUGCAGUGAAGAAAAUGGAUUUGAGGAAACAGCAAAGACGCGAAUUACUUUUCAACGAAGUCGUUAUUAUGAGGGACUACCAUCACCCAAAUAUAGUCGAGAUGUAUAAUAGUUUCUUGGUGGACGACGAAUUGUGGGUGGUUAUGGAGUAUCUAGAGGGAGGUGCACUAACCGAUAUCGUAACGUAUUCAAGAAUGGACGAAAGUCAGAUAGCUACAGUAUGUUCUCAAUGUCUCAAGCCACUGGCGUAUUUGCACUCGCAAGGUGUUAUACACAGGGAUAUUAAGUCUGAUUCAAUAUUACUUACGGCGGACGGCAGAGUAAAACUGUCAGAUUUUGGUUUCUGUGCUCAAGUCUCUCAAGAAUUACCAAAGCGAAAGUCUCUCGUAGGAACCCCAUACUGGAUGAGCCCCGAAGUUAUUUCAAGGUUGCCAUAUGGACCUGAAGUGGAUAUCUGGUCAUUAGGAAUAAUGAUCAUUGAAAUGAUCGACGGUGAGCCGCCAUUUUUCAAUGAGCCACCUCUACAAGCUAUGAGACGCAUCAGGGAUAUGCCACCACCAAAACUAAAGAAUUUUCAUAAAGUUAGUCCACGUCUUCAAGGUUUCCUUGAGCGAAUGCUCGUGCGCGACCCAGCGCAACGGGCCACGGCAGCUGAAUUAUUGCAACAUCCAUUCCUCAGGCAGGCUCAAAGUCCUAGUAUCUUGAUUCCGUUGAUGAGAGGCGCCAGACAUACAAAUUGUUGACACGGUUACGCUUUCGUAAGCUAGAAUAUGUUAGUCAAGGCAGAUAUUUCAUUACCAGACUAAUCAUAUCCACGACAAUGUCACGUUAAACUACUUAUUCGCUGAGGGCAGCUUUUUUUGGCAGUUUCCGAAUCAUUUGACGAGUUUCACCGUCUGGACUCUCAUACAGAGGAUUUAUAAUUUUUGUUCUUUUUGCGAGAGACACGACCGAUUGAGAGACAACGAAAAUAUUCGCAAGAACUCACUAAGUGUAAAUACCAUAUAAUAUUGGUGCUUCAGAAUUUUUUUAUUUUGAAAUUAUUAAAACUAUUACUUUCUGAAGUCAAAGACAAUAAUGUUAUUCCAUUAUUCGCAGAUUUUUAAAUUUCUGCGAUAAAACUUCAAGCUCAGAAUGCGUAUAGCGAGUCCUUUCGGUCGUGACUAAUAUAUAUAUAACAUAUGAAUUUAUAGUUAUAUUUUAGAAAAUAUUAAGUAGCAAAGUCUUGAAAUCAUGAUCAGUACCAAUCGUUCGAACCUUACAUUCCAAUCAGGCCUGGAGCUUAUGAGUAUUAUUUUGAAAAUAGUCUACUAUACAUUCCAGAGUAUUGUUUUAUAUGUAUUGUUUUAGUAACUUGACAAGUCUGCAUUUAUGAAAAAGGAUAUAAUAUAUCAAACAUUCCUCGACUAUUGGCACUGCCAGUGUUUGAUUCGCAAUAAUCAAACAUUGUUUUAAUAUAACAGAUAAUUCUAAUUUUGAAGUAUUUACAAAACACAUUUUCACCCAAGUGCCUUUAUGGUUAACACUAUCAUAACGAUUAACUUGUCAUUAUAAAGUACUAUUUAUUAGUAGUAAUGGGCUUUAGGGGUAUAUCGAAUCACUUUGAAUAUAUGGCAAAAACUUAAAAUUGUUCAUAUAUAUUCAAAACGUAGACCUGAAUAUGUAUGAAAAAACAAGUGCGUGUAAUUGUUUAUUAUUGUAUACAUUAAUUUUGAUUAAUUUAAAUAUUUCUGAAAGAGAAGAGUCUUUCUUUUUUAAAUAAUAUUCAAAAUAAUUCGAAUCUGUACAUAAUCAAAUCGAUUCAAAGUUUUCAAACAACAAAUUUGAAUGCCCAUUACUACUUAUUUGUAUAAAAUGUUCCGCCCAAGCAAUAUUUUUUCACUACCACUAUCUUGUUACAUUUAUUAAAAGCCAUAUUUAAAGUAACUUAAUCAGUACACUUAAUUUUAUUUUUCUAAAUAAAAUUAUUAUGCAUAUAUGUCUGCACCCCAACUGUGAACUUUUGUAUUGUAUUUUCAUUUUGCUAAAAAGUUAAAACUUUGUUCAUGUUUAGAGCUUUAAAUUUUUU